AAGGAUACACGGCGGAUUUUGCGAGUCCCCUGAAAUCAUGGAGGUGCGCGAACCACGCGCCAAAGCGCGAUUGUCAGAGGCGUUGGCCACGGGCCAAUGCCUAAAACCAGAGCAGUUGAAACGGCUUUUUGGUGACCAGGGCCUGGAGGUCCUUUACGCCAAUGUCAAGAAGAACGACCAGGGUGAAAUCCUUGCGGAUCAGCUUAUCGAAUGGCUCUACGGGGAAGGUCAAGGUGCCAAAAUGCUGCCCAGCGCACCUCACUUGGAGGUGCCACGUGCCACAACGGCUGCUGCUGCUGCUGCUGCUGGUGGGGAUAGUCCCAGUGCAAAGUCGGGGUCAUUCAGCCCUAGACAUUGCCGAACAGAGCAGGACGUGGAAAAAUUUGGGAUCCUGAUGGAGAAGAGCAAAACCCAGGAAGCGAUGGCGGAGUAUAAAGCCAUGGCCAGGGACCUGGCUGAAGAGUUCCAAGACAAAGUGGCGAAUCCCACCGCCGAAGCUUUCAUCGAGCAGCUCUGUGUGGAGAAGAUCUUGCAGGGUGCCCUCUUCGUGGGCCACGUCAAAACCGACUUGGAUAGCAUCGCUGGAGCCAUUGGCGGUGCUUGCCUAUGGCAAGGGACGGCCACAAGGGCAGAGAGGGAUCUCAAUGGUGAAAUCAUGUAUGCAUUGAAAUGGGCAGGUUUGGAGGUGCCACCUUUCUUCGAUGAUCAUCCUGGUGCCGCCACACCAGAUGCGGAUGGCAAGCUGCUGCCAGUCUGUUUGGUGGAUCACAACGAGGACAAACAGAUGGUUCCCUCCUUGCGAGACGCCCCAGACCGCAAGAAGCGUAUCAUUGGGCUGAUUGACCACCACGCUUUGGCGGAGUCAAUGGCAUCAGAAAAGCCCGUCUUCAUGGACGUGAGGCCCUGGGGAUCCAUGAGCAGCAUCGUCACACACUCCUACAUUCGAGGCAACCGAAUGAUCCCAAAGCCUGUUGCGCGAAUUUUGCUUUGUGCGAUUCUGUCGGACACUUUGAACUUGCAGAGUGUCACUACCACAAAUGCAGAUCGUUUCCUGGUGACCGUCCUUUGCAUUCUGGGGGAGUGCGAAGAUCCUGAUGAGCUUGCUCGAGCCAUGUUCCGGGCGAAGACCGAAUGGAUUGUAGGACUUGGGGCCUAUGAGAUGACUCGAGGCGAUCAGAAAGACUUCACAGCCAAUGGAUGGAAGGUGGGUAUUGCGGUUCUUGAGGUCACCGACACUGAGCCUGUUUUGAAGGUUGCCGAUGAGCUUUUGAUGGAGCUGCGAAUUCUUAAAGUUGAGAAGGGCGCCCUGAAGAAUGGUGAACAUGACCGGCGGAAGGAACUGGACUUCGCGUAUUUGUUUGUGGUGGACGUGACACAGCAGAAGUCUUUCCUACUGGUGGCGGGUGGUCGGGAGUUGGCGUUGGCCAAAGCAGCCUUUCCGGGACGUCCCUUGCGCGAGGCCAAGGUGGGGAUCCAAGCACCGGGGAAGACAAUCCAGGCCGCAGAGACCUUGAUGGAGGUGGGUGACAUCGUCUCGCGCAAAGCCCAGUUCGUGCCUGCCUUCUUCUCAGCGCUGAACUCGGGAUUCAGCUGCCACAAGCAGCCCAACAGCAGCAUCAGCGAGGAAAUUGCUGGCAUCAAGGAGGACGAUGAGGUUCAUGCAGCCAUUGAAGCCCUGCAGAAAGAGUCGAGCAAUGAGGGACCACUGUCCACAAUGACGGGUCUGCCACUCACUGAGUGGGCAAAGCAGCGGGAGCUGCCGGCGCUAAAGUGCCGCGAAAGUCUCCUGCUGCUUGCCAAUGUUGCAGCGCAGGACAUUGCUCCUAGUUAUGAGGUGGUGAGACACUCAGACCCAAGGCUUCUAGAGGCACUGGAAGCUCAACAUGGACAUGACCCCGUGGCCCGAAGAGCUUUGGAGGUAAGCCGUCGCCUCUUUGACUUUGCUGGCUUGACGGACUCCAUCGGUGGAGCAGCCAAGUGGUGUCAAGACACCGUGAGCCAGGUGUCAAACAAAGUGGUGGGUGUCCAAGAAGCAGCGUCUCUAAUUCAGAAUGCGAAUACCUAUAUUGGCGAGGGGAGCCAGUUGACAUCACAAGCGUGGAGUAGCAUGUUGGAGCUGGGAACAAAGAUGACUGGCGUUUACAAAGAUUUCAAGCCGCUGGAACCGGCUUUUGGGAGAGCUGGAGGUGCCAUGGAGUUGACGACCAACCAGGGCAUGUUGUCGCAACUGGUGCAUUGUGUGCGGUCCAUCAUCAGCAGCGACUUGGACUACUUGGAUUGCAACAGCAUUUUAGAUGUCCUGGGCACGUCCCUUGACAAAGCGCUGGGCAUUUUCUCUCAGAUCAAGGACACGAUCGUGAGUGUCGUCUCCAAACUCGGCGGUCGCAGGUUGAGAGAACUGGGACCAGAGGGACGACGUCUCUAUGACUACAACCAGCUUUUGGAGGGGAUCGACUUUGACUGGAUCUCCAGUAAGAUUUCUGGCUUUGUUGCGACCAUCAAGACGCAAGCAGAAAAUUUGGUGGAUAUUGACACUGUGCUGGGCCCGAUGUUGGCAAAGAUGGACAACACGGGUCAGGCCUGGGAUCUUGUGAUAGUGGGUCCCAACCAAUGGAUAUCUUACAAAUAUUAA